GUGGAAUUACACGCACCCAAGAACAGCCUGCGGCCGUUCCGGAGCGCAAGACUUAACUACAAGGGCUGGUUCCGUGAUCAACGCGCGCGGAACUGGAAACUUGAUUCCUGCGAUUCGUCAGGUAUCCCGCUGAUCAGUCAACGCAAAAUUAGAGUCUACAUCCUUGUUGAAUCACUGCGCACAUGAGGCCACCUUCCCCUGUUAAAUAUGGCUUCUUUGCGUUACUGCGGGUUCCCCAAGCCUUCGCUGGAUUGAUAGGUCAUGCUCAGCUGGGCGAGCAAGUUCUUUCGAAUUGGGCAUCGUCGUCGUGCUUCCCUAGUAGGGGAGACAGAGGGAUCCCUUUGAGUCUGGUGGAGGGUACCAAGAGAUCAUGCCUCUGCCCAGAGCCACGGGUCUCUCAUAAUAGGGCGUCAUAAAAUCAUUAAUGCCUAAUUCCUCCAUGCAUGUGUGGCCCUCCUUCAUAGCUGCUCUCUCUGCAUCCGCCACAUGCCCUCCAGUGACACACCCUGUAUAUUACUCUAUUCACUCGUUUAAACCAUGCAGCACUA